AUGAAACCGCAUAAAAAAAAUGUAUUAAUUCGUUCGAGUGUUCCUUCUCCCUCCAACUUCGAUUCGAAACCCUCAACCUAAAUUCCUCGAUAGCGAUCUGUCAAUUAAUUCGAAGAAGCUGAUCCCACCUCAAAAGAUAGAAAAGUCAUUAAGAUGAGGAAUGUUGUAGACUUAGGAGAUGCAACCGAGUCUAUUCACAAACCGUCCUCUAAACGAAUGAGGAGAUAGAGUAAGGAUGAAUAGGAUUAACUGCUUGAAUAAUUAGAUCAAUGGCAUGAAUAGAUAGUUUCCAAGAAAAAAGCAUUUGCAUUUGAACAAGUCAAGUAGAAUGACAAUAAAUUAAUGGAGAACGAAUUCGCUAAUGAUGGAGGACCUUAAAUUAAUCAAGCCAUUAUCAAUUCUAUUCUCAAACCCCAAGAAAAAUAAUAAUUGAAGAACCUAUCAUAAGAAGAAGAGUAGAACUCAAAUGUUUAAGUGAAAUUUUAAUUGUUGAGAUCAAACAAGGAAUCUAAUAACCCUGUUAUGAAAACUUUAGAUUAAGUUAGGAUAGAAAUGAAUAAACAUAUUUUAAACUCAUUGCUAUUAUAAAAAGUAACUAAGAAGUUGGACGACUUAUAAAUUAAUAGGAAGGCUAAAUCUAAUUGGAAUCAUUAACAAAUGGAUUAAGAAACAGCCUAAGUUGUAAGAGAUUAAUCACAAGCCAUCAAAACCUCAACACUAAAUAAUUUUAAAGGAUUAACUGAAUAUUUUAGUAAUCCUGCUUAAUACAUCGAUUAUGAUAUAGUCUUAUCCAAGGCAAAAUAUUACAGCAAUCGACCACCAAGUUAGUUUUAAGAGAAUAUAGUGAUGACAGGAUAAUAAUCAUCAUCUUCUGCAAAAUAACUGAUGGAAUCAUUUUAAUAGUUUUAAGUUUAAAUCAAGGAAAACAAAUAAACCUUAUAUCAAAUGAGAUUAGAUAAUAAUCAACUCGUGUAAUAGACAGCGAAAAAAGAAGAAGAAAUAAGUGAGAUUAGGAGGAAAUAUUAUGGAAAAGAAGAAAAAGUGAGAUUAGGGUAUGUUCCUGAUUAAGAAGGCAAAAAGAAGAAUAUGAUGGAAAUUAUUGAGAAAAUUCGAUAAUAGAGAGACUUAGAAAUUAGAAAUAUACAAAAAUUCAUAUCAUAAAUCAAAGAUGAAAUGCAUAGAAAUACUGAUAGACAGGAAGUAAUUCAAAAGGACCUAGAUGAAUUAAGAUAAAAAAAGAGAAGAUGUAAAAUGCUAUUAAAGGAUAUAUUCUUAAAACAACUUUAAGAGGCAAAUGAAUAAUUGAUGCCUGAAGGAUUGGUCCAAAUAAUUAAAUAAAUGAAAAAAAUCAAUGAAAAUGCUAAGGUUGAGUAAUUUCCAAGAUACUUAGAUGAUUCAUCAAGACAGUAUCUUCUCAAGGCUGCAUAGUUAGAAAUAGAAAUAGAAGAGGCUAGAUCCCAAUCUCAAAAGUUCAACCAUAAUCAUACUAGUUUGAGAAGUGCUCAAUCUUAAUAAUGUCUAUUUUAAACAUAACCUGUAAGUGUGUCUUAAUUGAAGAGUCAAGUGAAGACCAUGCUUAAAAGAAGCAAGGUUUCUAUAAAAAAACCAGUGUUUGUUUAAGGCAUAGAUCCUCUGAAUCCUUAAUCCUUCGCUCAUGUGAUCAAAUGGGAGAAUCAAGAAUUAGAAUCUGCUAAUUUGUAAGACAAAGAGGAGAUUCAAAUUAAAUUAUGCAAUAUGCCUAGUGAAAAUAAUCUAAUUAUUAAAGAUUAUAAUCAAAAAUUAGUGUAAUAUUAGUAAUAGCUUGAACAGAUCUAGAAGGAAGAGUAGGAAAGAAUACUAAAAUUAUAUUAAAAUAAGAGACAUCUAUCAGACGUUCAGGAAUUGAAAUUAGUAUUGUAUUCGUUAUUUGGAUAAGUGAUCGGAGAUUAAAUUUGGUAUGAGUUUGUUAUUGAAUGGACAGAGUAAAAAUCUUUAAAUCCUCAAUAAAUUUUAAAAAAAGAAACAGAAUCGAAAUAAAAUGAAAAAGGAAUGAGUUAAAAGGAUGGCUAACACAUAUCGUAAAUUAUAAUAAAGUAAUGA